AUUUACUAACAAUUCUAAUUAAUUAUUCAAAAAUUUAAUUAUUAUCUAUUAAUGAGGCAACAUAAAAAUGUUAAUUUAGUACCCGGUUCCUUUUCAAAUAUCGCGGCCUACUCUCCUAUCUAGUAAAAUUAGUAAUAAAAGACAGCUUUAGCUCGCAAAAACUCAAAUUUAAUAUCAGUAAGAUAAUCCUCCUCAAAUAGAAAUAUUAAUGAUCAAAAUACAAGUUAAAGACCAAUUUAAGAUUAAAGUUAGACAAAUAAUUAUGCUACACUUCUUAAAUAAGAAGAAGAAGAUGAAUUUUAGUUUAUGAAUGACCCAGAUUAUGUUGUAACUAAAAAAGAACCAGUCAAUUUUAUGUAUUAAGAGACAUUUCGUACUAAUAAUCAAAUUAGUAAUCAAAGUGAUUAAUAUUUAUCAAAGAAGUAGUCAAGUUAGCAUUCAACUGUUAGAUAAUCACACUAAUAGAUUAGCAAAACUUAAUAAGACAAUGCAGAAUUAAAUAUUAAUAAAGAAAAUAUUUGUAAUUAUAACACAUCAGAGAGCCAAAUGAAAAAGAAUAAUUCUGCUGGAUGCUUAGGACUAAAGUCUAAAUAAAAAUAAUUCUAUUCUAAUGCAUCCCACCAACCUGUAUAAUCAAAUUAUCAAAGCUAAAUAGUAAAAGAUAAGUUUAAAAGCGAAUAGAAUCCUAAAUAUGUUAGAUAGACUUAAAAUGAAAAUUAAUAAAAAUCACGUUCGCCCAGCUAUUCUAAAAUAUAAAUAAACAAGUAACAAACCAGUCGCUCUAGAUCUCCCUCUCCAAUAAACACAAAACGUUAGUAAUUAGCUGAAAAAUCUUCACAAAAUUACUCUACAAAUACUAAGUCUAACAAAUAUAUAUCUUAAUAAAUUACUGAGAAACAAAAUAAUUAAAAUAAUAAAAGUUCUAAUAAAUCUUCUACUCAAGUUGGCUCUGAAACUCCUAAGUUGACUAAAAAACAAUAAUAAUAAAGUUAGUUCAAUCUUGGAUAUAGUCCUAUUCUAAAAAUGGAUAAAGGAGAAUUUUGCAAUAAUUUAGGUGGAGAAGAUGAUGAUGAGGAAGAAAACAGUGAGUUAGUUAAUUUUAACAAAUACUCUGCAAAAAUGGCUAAUAAUAUCAUUGAAAAUAUCUUAGACAAAGAUGAUAUUUAUGAAAAAACAAGACUAGAAAAUAAAACAUUUAAGGAGAAUAUCAAGGAAUAAAGUAAUUAAAUUGCGAGAUUAGAAUAAUAGCUAAAGGUCUUUUAAGUUUAGAACUAAGAAUUAAGCAAUAAUUUAUCAAUUGAAAAGGAGAGAUACUAACAAGAGUUAAUAAAAUUCUCUGAAAAAAUAUAGAGACUGAAGAAUAUUUAGACAUUAUAUAUGGAAGAAAAAUCAAAUAGUGAAAAAAUUGAACAGAAGUUAAACGAAAAAUAAAAUUUAAUAGCAAAUUAAUAAAGCAAACUUCAUUAAAUGGUAGAUUGGAUAUUUAAAACAUACUCUUGUUUGGUUGUAACCAAAACAUCUCCUAAUUUUGAAUAAGAUGAUUUAGAGUAUAUUUGGAGCUAAAUGACUCAUAUAAUAAGAAUUUUAAGUGAUGAUAUCAUAGAGCUUUAGUUAGAAAAUAGUUUAAAGCAGCUGCUAAAAUAACCUUUGAAAUUGGUCAAAGAAACUUAAAAUUGCUGUAAUAACACUGCUCACAAUGAUUAUAUGCUAUCAAAUAGUAGCAGGGUAAUUUAAAAUGGAAGUAAUAAUAAUAAGUAAAAUAAUAGCAAUUUAAGUAGCAAUAACUCUAAAAAUAAUAACACAGCUCUCUAAAAAGACUGCAAGUAAAGUUAAAGAGAUCAUAAGUAGAGCGAUGAAGCUAACUCUCGUUUGCCCUACUUUGCUACUGAACCAGACGAAUCAUUAGUAGAGAAAACUUUAAAAAGAAACUUAUAAGGGGUAAAUAAGAGUCAUAACACUUAGCAUCAAAAAACUGACUCUAAUACAGAUGACACUUUGCUUCCUUUUUAUUCUUUUGAAAGGGCUUUUAACGGAUAUGAAUUAUAAAACAAUAUACUUUAGAUAAAUGAAAAAGAAAUUGAACACAUAGCUGAAGAGAGUCAACAUUCAUAAAUAUUAAAUGAUUUAAAAGUAAUAAAUGAGUCAGAAUAAACUUUGAAAAAUUGUAUUAAAAAGGAUAUAAAUGCCCAGUCAAAUGAAGUUAAUGUAAAAAGACAGCUAAAUUUUGAAAGUGAGUAAAAAACUGAUGAGAAAAAAAGCUAAAAAGAGAAAAGUAUUGCUAAUGAGUUAGAAUAAAAGGAGAAUUAUGUAAUUGCUAUUUCAGAUUUUGUGGCUCAAACAGAUAAAGACCUGUCAUUUAAGAAAGGCGAUAAAAUUUAAAUAGUAAAAAGGACUAAAGAUGGUUGGUGGAUUGGAUUGCUUAAUAAAAAUAUUGGAUACUUCCCAUGUAACCAUGUAAAAGAAGUUAAAAAAUGA